AUUGUUUUUUCUGGUCUUUUCUAGGGCGCCAUGGUGGAGAAACGAAUUCUGGCUCGUGUUCACAGUAGAUUCAUUGUUACCCUGGCCUACGCCUUCCAGACCAAGACAGAACUUUGCCUGGUCAUGACCAUCAUGAAUGGAGGAGACCUAAGGUAUCACAUCUAUAACGUAGAUGAGAAUAAUCCAGGCUUUGACGAGACGAGGGCAUGAUAUUACUCUGCUCAGAUCAUUCAAGGCCUGGAGCACCUUCAUCAGAAGAGAAUCAUCUACAGGGAUCUCAAGCCAGAGAACGUUCUUCUGGACAAUGAAGGUAACGUGCGUAUCUCUGACCUUGGCUUGGCUGUGGAGUUAGCAGACGGCCAAGAGAAGACUAAGGGCUACGCUGGGACUCCAGGGUUUAUGGCCCCAGAGCUGCUGAAAGGAGAGGAGUACGACUACUCUGUAGAUUACUUCACGCUUGGGGUCACUCUUUAUGAGUUCAUUGCUGCCAAAGGCCCCUUCAGGACCCGAGGAGAGAAGGUGGAGAACAAAGAGGUGAAGAAGCGCAUCCUGAAUGAACCAGUAGCUUACACAGAGAAGUUCAGUGAGAACGCCAAGUCCGUAUGUGAGGGCUUACUAGCCAAGGAGGUAGACAAAAGACUGGGCUUCAAGAAUGGCAGUUGUGAUGAGCUGCGUGCCCACCCGUUCUUCAGCAGUCUCAACUGGAGGAAGCUUGAUGCAGGAAUUCUGACACCUCCAUUCAUACCUGAUUCGAAGACCGUUUAUGCCAAGGACCUUGACGACGUGGGUGCCUUCUCCACUGUGAAAGGGGUCAUGCUGGAAGACCCAGACAAAGAGUUUUUUGAUGAGUUCUCCUCUGGGAAUAUCCCCAUACCCUGGCAGGAAGAGAUGAUCGAGACGGGCAUCUUCGGAGAGCUGAACGUGUGGGGUCCUGGAGGCACAGUGCCCAAUGACCUGCGGCGCGAGUCCAUCCUGGAGCAGCCAAAGUCCUCCACCUGUAGCAUAUCAUAAACCAUCAACCUCUCCAUGCUGAAAGAACUUUCCCUCCCUUUUCCUUCAGCGUAUACUCGCUGUGGUGGUUUAAUGUCCAGUAUGAGAGUAAAGAAGUUAUUAUUAUUUUUUUUACAUCAUCAUAAAAAUAAAAGACUUCAUACAUGUUUUUAAAAAUAUUAAUGUCAAGAAAGAGAGUCAGGGCAGAGCAGUAUUUGUGAAUAUUGCAGUAUUAGUGAAUAUAUACUGUAUGUAUCCUUUUUUUCUGCAGGGUUGAACCACCAGUGAGCUUUCCCGCUCUCUGCUUUGGAAUUAAUUCUUAGGCUGAAGCUUUUUAAACUUUUUAAUGGAACGUUGAGAGACUUUUAUUAAACCUUCGUUUCAUUGCUCUUCAUCAAACUGAACAUCCACGGAUAGAAAGGGAUCAAAGAAGGGAAUUCUGCAUCCUUUCCUUAUUGUACCUGUUCAUGCAUUUUACCUUUAGAGCUGAACCUGGUCUGUGUUGAUGAGUGAUGCUUCUUGGUUUGAAUAGUGACAUCAAAUGCAUUGCUGUCUUUUUGCUCUGUAUGUUUUUUUAUGUUUACAUUUUGAUCUCAUGUACUUCUAAUUCUCAAAGAACGUUAGUCAAAAUUAGAUGAUUAAUCUAGAUUAAUCUCUUGGUUCAACAUUAAAGAAGUAACUUAAAAAAGUUACUUUUAUGAGUUCAAUUGAUGCCAUUUGAGAUUUAUCACAGCUAGGGAUGCACCGAAAUUAAUGUGGCUGAAACCCAACAAAAUAGUUAAUUUUUCCAAUUUUGUUUUCAUUCAUUUUGCCAUUUGUUCAGCAGAAUGCAAACUGACAUUCUUGGGUCAUUCUCUGACAUUUUUUAAAAUGCUACCACAGAUCUGACAUAUUUGCUUAAUUUACAAUAAACACAUCACUCCACGCUUGUUGUGAUUAGAUUGUGUCAUCAAAAACAUCAAUGUUCGAUAUACAUCUUUCCCAAAAUUAUUAUUCAGUGCAUCCCUAAUCAAAACUGGUUAGACAUAACUGGCUAGGACUGGAACUAUAACUAUAAUUUGUAGCCUUUGGUAGAUUCUGAUUGUCUGUUCUUGAUACACCAUGUGACUGGUAUUUUUGAGUUUAUUGGAGCUGGAGAAAUGGAAAAAUUCAUUAGCUCUGAAAGGUUGUGUGAAGAUUUUUAACAACGAAGGCAAAGGCAUUUACUAAAUAUAGAGGACAUGCUUUUGCUUCCUCAUAGAGUUAAGCAUUGGUAUGCUGAGUGGCCAUGCUGAGAUAAGCUUCUACCUGCAGCGUUAGGCCAUAUUUCUAUCAUAUUUUUUUAAACAGAAUAGUUUCAAUAUUUUUCCUUCAUUUUUAUUUGUUUAUUUGUUAUGUAUUCCAGUUUUCUACCCAAUUUUAUUCAUAUCUAAUUCAAUUUGGCCUUUGUGUUCAAACAACCCUAAUACUGAUACAGGAACCCAGAGCUCUAACCACUGAGCCACCACUGCCCCAUCACACAAUGCUACUAAGCUAGCAAGCUAGCUUUCUCCAAAUCACAUGUAACAUCACACAGUGUGAGAGCAAAGCCAAUUGUGCUCUCUAUGGCUCCCAACCUGUGCCACUCAUAUGAGAGGUGACUGAUUGUUACAUAACAUUAUUUUAGAUUCAGUAAAGAAUACCCAAUUUUUUUUUAAAACACUGAUAACUGGAUAUUUUGUUUUUGACAACAAUCAUUUUUAAAUUGUCAUUCUGUAAAAAGCUGUAAAUGUCUAUUUAUUGUGCAAAUAAUUUAAAAAUAAAAUAUCUUUUUAAUGUU